AUGCCUACCAACGGAAGCCAAAUCAAGACCUACGCCGCCCCUGAAGGGGUAGCGGUAGCUGAUGCUUUCUUGAUAUAUGCCCGCUCUGUGGAUUCCGAACCAUGUAUCCCAGUGUCCACCUACGCCGUUGACGUUGCCGAGGUCAACACCACGCGCAAUGAAUUUGACAAACAUCCCAUCUCAGUUGCAUCCUUCGACAUGGAUGGCCCAGUUGAAGUUCAAGUCAAAUACACUUUGAACAAAGUGCAAAGCGCUGCCAUUCGGCCAAAAUCUCUAGGUAUCCAGGCUGUGAUUGAUGGUGAUAACACCAUUACUUUUAGCCUGGACCGACCUCAGGAUGUGAUGCUAGAGAUCAACCACGACAAGUGGCAAGCUCUUCACAUUCUCACAAAUGGUAUUGAUCACGAUGCACCUCCAAGAGAUUCUCAGGAAAUCUGGUAUUUUGGCCCUGGUAUCAACAAUGGAUCAGCAUACGGCUUGGUCACUGACGGGAAUCUUUUUGUACCCUCCAAUACCAUGGUAUACCUGGCAGGAGGCGCAUUCGUCACCUUUAAACUGAACUUCAUAAAAGUCUGCAACUCUGGAGUUCGGGGACACGGCUUCAUCUACAAUGGUCCCAACGGCGGCGCCAUCUUGAUUGAACGUUCGGAGAACAUUGUCGUCGAGAACGUUACUUCGCUGGGCGCUACCGGAUUCAGCCUCACAACUGGGGAAGCGAAAGGCGUAACCAUUAGUGGCUACAGAUCUUUCUCGUCCCAUGGAAAUGGCGACGGUGUGGACCUAUUCUGCUCUUCAGACAUCCUCGUAGAGAACUGUUUUCUGCGCAAUUCGGACGAUACCAUAGCCAUCUAUGGCCAUCGUUGGGACUACUACGGCGACUCAAGCAACAUUGUCAUACGGAACUGCGCCCUUCUUCCAGACAUCGCGCACCCAAUUCAUAUGGGCACUCAUGGGAAUCCGGCAAAGCCAGAAACCAUCAGCGGUAUCCAUAUUAGUAACAUCGACAUUUUGGAUCACUAUGAGAAUCAGAUGUGGUACCAAGGGUGUAUUUCUCUAAGCGCAGGCGACGAGAACUUGAUUGAAGACGUGCAUAUCCAAGAUGUCCGCGUGGAAAGGAUCUCCAAAGGCCAGCUGGUGAAUAGGCGGGUUAUGAAGAAUGAAAUGUGGACAACAGCGCCUGGUCAUGGGAUACGAAAUGUCACCCUCAAGGAUAUCAGUCUUGAUGCAACUAAUUCGCAGAUAGUGAAUCCGUCACAGAUCUUGGGUUUUGAUUACACGAGAAAGGUUGAAAAUAUUGUCUUCGAGAAUUUGAAAAUCGGAGGACAAUACAUUCAUGAUGGUAUGGAGAAGCCAAGGUGGUAUAUGGUGGCCGACCUUGUCCCCAUGUUCAUCAACGAGCAUGUCACAAACGUCAGGUUUAUCUUAACAAAAUGA